ACAAUCAGUGUUGCCAAAAAAAGUAAAUUUGGCACUACUUAUUUCCAAUUGGACAAAUUAACACAGUUUCGCAAUAUAGGAGUAUAAACAAAACAUCUACAAGAAAAUCUUGUGUGGAAAAGCUAGAAUUACUUCCAUCAACUUGUGUUAAAUAAUUCAGAAAGAUUGAAGGAAUCCUGGAGGUGGUGCGAAAGAAGCGGAGUCGUGGCAAAAUGAAGCUGGAAGCCGUGAACGGGAAUUCGGUGUCACUGACAAUGAAGGUACUAUCAGGGGCAGAACAAGAAAUGCCUUUUGGUGCAGAGGAGGAUGAAGAAGAAACACGCCCGCAGCCUUCACAAGCAUCCCAAGAACGGCAAGAACCAGUAAAAGAUGAUGCGGGUGUUGAAGAUGGCGAAAAAGAAGUAGGUAUUAUCGGAAAGAAAAAAGGCACAAGAAAGAAACGCUCAACCAACUGGGAGGAGGCGGAACGGUGUCUCUUGGUGGAAGUUAUCAAGCCAAAGGUAGAAUACGUCGAAAAUCGAAAUGUAGAUGCAAAAAGCAUUAAAGCCAAACGCCUAGCUUGGAUGCAAAUCACUAAACAAUUCAACACACUCAAUUUCCGUCAUCGUUCUCUAGAGCAAAUUCAAGUACAGUGGCGAAGUAUGAAGAAUACUGCAAAACGCGAAUACCAGCAAAAGAAUUCCAAUGCAGGAACAUUGGAGGGCAUAGCAAUGAUAGAGUUUAUGGAAGAAAUGCAAAAGAAUCCAAGCAAUAUACGAACACAUGCGCGCAGUAACGGCAUUAUUAUCAAAAAAGAAUUACUUAGUAUCGAUGAUGAGGAUACGCCGCUUGCGGCUCUUCCUACGUCAACAAACACCAGUGAAGAUACUCUACAAGUGUCGGCUAUUGCGUUACCAUCCCCACCACAAUCUGCUGAAUCGCAACAAGAAAGUACACUCAAACCACGACCACAACAAAACUCGUCUAUACGCCUAAAAAAAAAGGCCAUACAAAAGAAAAAAAUACAAAACACAGAAGGGGCUAGUGCUGAUGGUGGCAGUAAACCGAAAAAGCCAAAAAAUUCAAAUAUCAUACAGGACGAAGCGGCAAUACUGGGCACUAGCGAAAGUGAUGCACAAACUUCCAAGUUGCUUCUGAAUGCGGAUGACAUAAUCUAUAAAAUCCUGCCUACUGAUGAAAAAUACAAAAAGCAAAUUUUCGAUCUAAUAAAGCGUUCACAUCUUGCCGAAAUUGAACAUGCACGCAUCGAGCACGAACAAAGAUUGAAUUUCGAAACAAUGCACCAAGAGCUUAAACUUAGUUAUUAUCGUAAAAAUGAAGAGUUGAAACUGUGUCAAAUGCGCGAAGAUCACAACGCGCGCAUGCGGCAGAAUGAACUAGAACAUAAAGCCCGUAUGCGUGCAUAUAUGGUGAGUUCGCGUAACACGCCACCAAAAUGUGGAAAAAGUAAAGCUGGAAGUGAACUGGAUGAAAAAGUCGAUGAUAAUUCGAACACCUCGAAACCUACAUCCGAAGAUUAAAUAGCAUGCAAAUAAAAUUUAAUACUUUGUGGAUGAGUUUCAUACCAGCAUUACGCAUAUAUACCAGUAUUUUAAAGUUUAGUAAAAUAAUCAUAUGUUAUAGAAAAUAGAAAAGUUUUAAGUGCAAAAUUGGCUCAUCAUUGCCAUGCAAUAUUAGGAACUUAUACUUCUAUCCAUCGCGGUUAUUAGUACAUACAUACAUAUUAAUAUGUACAUAAUUUUUAAAUUGUAUUUUCGUGUAUACGUAUAUCGACAUGGGACAAGAACCUCUUCCAUGAUUUCGCUAAAGAAAAAUGUAUACACCUAUGAAUACUCUACUAAUUUUCUUAUGCUUAUAAAAAAGUUUGCUAAUGUAAGAUGAUUAAAUUUACAUGCAAAAUUCCCUUUUUAUAUUCAUUAUUGUUUUGGAUUUUUCCUGCAAGUAGUUAAAUUUUCGAGAGAUAAAAAGUUGUAAAUCAAAAACGUGUUAUUAUUGAUUCUAGUACCACUUUAGAUGUAUUAACUUUUUAUUAUAUAAUUCACGGCAACUAUACUGAAAAUCAAAUAUGACAAAUUUUAUACAACAAUUGAGAUAAGAGAAUUGUACAGGAAGAUACAAAAAUAACAAAAAAAUAUAGCAUUAAAAUAGUCCUAAUGAGCCUGUCAUAAUCCUCAAUAACUAAAAAUAAAAUAUUAGUACCAAUAAUAAAAUCAACUACAAAAUUUUCAAAAACUAUCAACUAUCAUA